AUGAGCACCGUCGGGUGGUUCACGGUGGGGACAGCGGGGUGCACCUCUGGGCGCACUGGGAUCGCGUUGUCGUGGACGCACUCCCCUCACGCCGGUGACAUGGUGUGGUGCAUCGGUGACACGGUAAUGGGGUGCGUCAGUGAUGCAGUGCACUCUUGGGUCGUGGCACUGGCAUGGCGCGCCCUCAGUGUUGGCGGCGUGGUGGGCACGUCAUCCUGGGUAUGCACCCCUGGCAUUAUCAGCAUGGUGCGGUGUGUCAGUGAUGCUGUAGGCAUUGGCAGCGCUGGGCGCGUUCGUGUAUCGGCGCCCGCAUGGCGCACCCUCGGUGCUGGCAGUGUGCCAGGUGCGACGUCCACAUCCUGCACUGCGGCCGCUGUGGGCUUCAUUGCGCAGCUGCAGUGCGUCGGUGCGCUCAGCGCCACCUGCACUGUUGGGCGGUUGGUGGCCCGGACAGCGAGGCACAUUGGCAUCGGGCUGUCGCGGGCUUGCGCCCUUCGCGCUGGUGACAUGGCCGGCACGUCGUCUGCAUCCUGCACUGAGGCCACUGCGGGCGCGGUCAUGCAGCCGCACUGCAUCGCUGUGCUCGUGCACAUUGGUGCUGCACUGUCAUGGUCGCGCGCCCCUGGCACUGGUGACGUGGCGGGCACGUCAUCUGCAUCCUGCGUCACCGCUGUCGCACGCGUGCGUAUGCUGCGACACGGUGGUGUCGCAUAUGAGAGCGUCGGUGCUGUCAGCAUCGUUGGGCGCCCGGUAAUGUGGGUGCAUGGCAGCGGUGCUGUGGGAGAUGGCAGGGCGGGCAUACCUCGCGCGUUCUGCUUCCUCAGCUCCUGCUCCUGGUAG